AUGGUAGAAAAGUACCUGAGCCAAAUCUAUUACAAUCCAGAAAGUCCCGCAAGCUUUGGUGGCGUAGAUUCAAUUUACCGUGUCGUAAAAGACGAAGGCAAACAUAAGAUAUCGCGGAAUAAAAUACGGCUAUGGCUACAAAAGCAAGACAUGUAUACUUUACAUAAACCUGUAAGAUAUCGUUUCAAAAGGAACCGUGUUGUUGUAGGCGCAAUUGACGAGCAAUGGGAGGCGGAUCUUGUGAUUAUGGACUCGAUAAGCAAAUACAAUAACGGCUUUAAGUACAUUUUAACUGUAAUCGAUGUACUUAGCAAAUAUGCGUGGGCUGAACCGAUAAAAACAAAGACUGGAGAAAAUCUUGUCAAAGCCUCUGAGAAAAUACUUAAAAAAGGUCGAAAGCCUGAAACGUUUCACAGCGACAAAGGGACAGAGUUUAUGAAUCGAAAGUUUCAAGCCUUUUUGAAGAAACAUAACAUCCGGUUUUUCACGACGCAAAACGAGACCAAGGCAUCGAUUGUCGAAAGGUUUAAUCGUACGCUCAAGACGAAAAUGUGGAAUAUAUGGUUGACGGAUCGUGAAACCACUGUCACCAUCCGUCAACCAAUUCACCAUCUGCACAGAUCGUCCAUAUGGUGAUUUCUUCGACAAUUUCGAGAUCUCUGAACCUCUGGAACCUCGUCAUGCAUUCUUUGGUGGAAGAACUAACGCAACACGCCUAUACUACGACGUCCAGCCAGAAGAGAAGAUCCGCUAUUUGGAUUUCUGCAGCCUCUACCCAUGGUAUGUAUCUUGUUAAAGUCUUUUAACUCAAACGUGCUUGUCGUUAACCUUCUUAAGCAAUUUUUAGGUGUAACAAAUACGGCGAGUAUCCGAUUGGCCAUCCCGAGAUUAUUACUGAGAACUUUCAACCUAUCAGUGACUACUUUGGUUUGGUGAAAUGUUCUGUGCUUCCUCCUCGUGCCCUAUACCACCCCGUCCUCCCUUACCAUACUCAGGGUAAAUUGAUGUUCCCGUUAUGUCGUACCUGUGCCGACAACCUUCAACAAGAGCCAUGCCAUCACAGCGACGCCGAGCGGACACUUCAUGGGACGUGGGUGACUUUGGAGCUCGAGAAAGCACUAGGGAAAGGCUACGAACUGAUGAGAGUCGACGAAGUUUGGCACUUCCCCGAGCACACGGAUGGACUGUUUAAGGACUAUAUUGAUACAUUCCUCAAAAUCAAACAAGAGGUAAGGUUUUAUCACAUGUGUGAUAUUGUCACAUCAUUAGUUCCUUAUGAUUCCUUUUCCUUUUGCAGGCAAGUGGCUUUCCUCCGGAAUGUGACACCGACGAGAAGAAGGGGAAGUACAUCGCUGACUACGCCGCAAAAGAAGGUAUUCAGCUGGAUCCAAGACAGAUUGUGAAGAAUCCUGGUUGGGCGACUGGAGGGCUUUGGCGAAGCUCAUGUUGAGCUCUUUUUGGGGUAAGUGCAAUGGCAAAUUGUCCACUAAUGGUACUUGUUUUUCAUUUGAAAAAAACAAGUGUUUGUUAAAAACCUAUCAUUUCUUGUAGGAAAGUUUGCGCAACGACCCAACAUGACCAAGGUCAAAAUCAUAUCGGAUCCAGCUGAAUAUUUUGACCUCCUAUCCAGCGAUCAGAUUAACGUCACCGACGCAAAUUUCAUCAAUGACGAGCUCAUCGAAGUCCAUUUUGAAAACGUUGACGAAUUCGUGGAAUCCGAUGGAAAGACAAAUGUGGUCAUCGCAGCGUUCACCACAGCCCACGCCCGCCUCAAGCUCUAUGGUGUCCUGGAGCAGUUAAAUCGCCGAGUCUUAUAUUUUGACACAGACUCAGUAAUUUAUGUUUCAAAGGAAGACGAAUGGGAGCCGCCGACAGGAUCCUAUAUUGGUCAAUUAACAGAUGAGUUAGAUGGAGGUUACAUUACCACCUUUGUGUCUGGAGGUCCUAAAAACUAUGCCUACGAAACAAGCACAGACAAAACAGUAUGCAAGGUUAGAGGGAUCACCUUAAACUACAGGACCCAACAACAUGUCAACUUUGACGUCAUGUCUGGCAUGGUCAGGGGUGAAGGUCCCGAGAAAGUAACUGUAAAUAUACCAUACAAAAUAAAUAGAAAUACUAAAGAGAAAAGUGGAAAGACGAGGAGUGAGAACAAGGACUAUCGUAUUGUAUAUAAUAAACGUGUGAUUGUAAAUAAUUUUGAUACAUUGCCUUAUGGUUUUUAA